CUUCCUCUGCAGAACUAGUUAGUCAGAACAUAGACUUUUACUUGUACAGGAUCUACGUCACCGUGAGAGACAGCCAAGGCCGACGCUGCCUUAAACCACACAUAAUCCCAGUGCAAGCUUGUCAGUGCGACAGUCGUAACUACUGCACCAGCGGGGCCACGAGAAUCAUUAUCAUCGGUGGCGGCGGCAGCGGUGGCAGCGGCGGCAGCGCUGGUGGUGCUGGGGGUGGUGUUGGUGGGGGUGGUGUUGAAGGCGGAGGAGGCCAGGAAGGCGCAGGAGGAACAGGUCAAGAAGGUGGUGGUAACGGUGAGUUUAGACCUGGAGAGACUAUGGACCACACAGACUGGACGGGUUACACCGAUGCGUACAGUGACGGUAACGAAGGAUAUUCUGCAGCCACUGAUGAUAUUUAUGGAAGCGGAAAUUACGGCAGAAGAUUGCCAUCUACUACCACACUUAGCGGUACUGCCAUUGGCCUGAUGUUUCUUGGCGGAUUAAUAUUUGUUUUGAUUCCAAUUUUGAUGUCAAUGAGCGACUGUUGUGGCUGUGGACCUGGCGCUGCAGCUGGAGUUGGAACUGGAUUUGAACCUGUACCUGAAUGCACCGAAGGGGCAAUUCAUCCAUGGGGAAUAGAAGGUGCACAGCCUGAAGACAGGGAUGUCUCGCACAUUCUUGCCCCAACAACAGCUGCGGGAGGUGAUUUCGGUGAACCCUCUGACAUAUAUACAAACACAUACGGAGGAGCAGGAGGAGUAGCUUCUGGUGUUGAAGAAACUACAGGGGUUGGCUAUGGCACUGGUACUGGUUAUGGAACAGCUGGAGGAAUUUCUGGAACGGGGGAAGCAAAAGGAUCAAUUGGAGGAACAAUAAAAGAGUAUCGAGAAGGAGGGGUGAACAUGGCCUUCCUAGACAACUACUUCUCUGAGAAAGCAUUUGUGUACGCGGAUGAAGAUGAAGGUCGGCCAGCAAACGACUGCCUAUUAAUAUACGAUCAUGAAGGAGUCGGCACUCCUGUUGGCUCUGUGGGUUGCUGCAGCUUUAUUGGGGAAGAUACAGAUGAAACGUAUUUGGAUACAUUAGGACCAAAGUUUAAGACCCUGGCAGAGAUCUGUCUGGGCAAAGAGAUCGAACCUUUCCCUGACGUCAACUUGCCCUGGCCAUCCGUUAACGCCACCUUUCCCAACCCUGAAAGUGAUCUAAACCUCCCACCACCCGGAACCACCAUCGUUGUCAAUGGAUCUGCACCGAUGCCUCCCCCCGUUGGCACUACAACGAUUGUUACCGAAAACACCUACACAUCCGGGUCAACCAUACAGCCCCCGAGGCCAAUGCCGGAUCCUUUGCUCCACGGCAACAUGACGGUGACUGAGACCUACACCUCCGGAUCCCCCUCUCUUUGCGUUGACCCUCUGCGUGCGUCCAACGUUGUUGUCACAGAAAGGGUUGUCGGUCCUGCAUCUGCCUCUGAUUUGCGUGGCAUGCUAGAUAUCCCCGAUCUCACAGAUGGGUCCAACGUGAUCGUCACAGAAAGAGUAAUCGCACCUAACUCCCGGCUCCCGACCUCCCUGAGCAUUCCUGAUUUGGUAGACGGGUCGAAUGUGGUGGUGACAGAAAGGGUGUUCAGGCCUGCCUCCGGCAUGCCAGGCAGCUUAAUAAAUAUUCCCUCGGAGUUAUCGAAUGCCCACAACGUGGUGGUCACUGAGAGGGUAGUGUCAGGGUCUGGGAUGAGCAGCCUGGGAGGGACAAGCCUAGCGGGGGCAAACCUGGGGGGCCUGAGCAGCGCGGGUCAGAUGCUCAGCGCCGACUGUCACCUUGGCCAGGCAAUGGGCACGGCGUCCCCCGGCACCUCCCGGAGAAGAGUGACAAAGUACAGCACUGUGCAGUACUCCAGUCAGUAA